AUGCAGUUCACUCUCUCCGCUGUUGUCCUCGGCCUUGCCGCCACUGUCGCUGCCCUUCCUCCUUCCGCCGGCGCUGGCAACGGUGUCGCCAACAAGGGUAACACCAACGUCAAGUUCCCUGUUCCCGACAACCUCACUGUCAAGCAGGCUCAGGCCAAGUGUGGUGACCAGGCUCAGCUCUCUUGCUGCAACAAGGCCACCUACGCCGGUGACACCACCGAUGUCAACUCUGGCAUGCUCGGCGGCACCCUCAGCAACCUGAUCGGCUCCGGCUCCGGUGCUGACGGUCUCGGUCUCUUCGACCAGUGCUCCAAGCUCGAUCUCCAGAUCCCCAUCAUCGGUAUCCCCAUCCAGGACAUCGUCAACCAGAAGUGCAAGCAGAACAUCGCCUGCUGCCAGAACUCUCCUUCCAGCGCCAACUCCGACCUCGUCGGCCUUGGCCUCCCCUGUGUUGCCCUCGGCUCCAUCAUCUAA